CCGGGGACACGAGACGCAGCCCAGAUACACUACUGAGAACAGCAUUGAACCAGAGAGCAUUCACAUAAGACUUUUCGUUUCUCUUGGAUUAUAUAUAUAUAUAUAGUUCAGUGGUGUUAGUUGGCAGCAAAUAUGGCUUGUGAUUCACGUGCCGGCUUGGAGGCCCAAAAGCUAAUCAGCAUCUCCCUAGGGAAGAUGGCGGCUUCUCGUGUAGGACGGACUGGUGCAUCUCUGCACAAGUCGUUGUUGGUGGCUUCAGUGUUGCACCGCGCCCGGCAUGUGUUCCUAGAGGAGAGUUACCACGUACACCGCGCUGCUCAUCCCGAGGCCUACACCCAGGCACCCACAGACCCAACAUCAUCACCUGUGGUGACUGUAUACGCACCAUUAAUCCCGCCAGCACCACCAGCGACGCCUUCAACGCCCGCCCUACUCAAUGAGGAUAACAGCGACGGCGAAGACAAGGAGAAUCGUGUGUGUGAGAAACCGCAACAUGCAGGGGAAGGAGGAAGAGUUCCACUUAGUGAUAACAACAGUAGCAACAGUCGUGUGGCAGCCUUGAAGAGACGACGGUGUGUGAGCCAGCAGGAAACUCAGGAGGCUGUGUGGUCUAUUCUGCCAAAGCGGCCCCGGACCACCACCUCCCCAGAGCCACGCUCUUGCCCAACCCCAGACCCCGCCCCGGACCAUCACGACAGUGACACUUGUGGCAACAGUAUGGAGGUGGAGCAUAUAACAUCACUUGUUUCGAUCUUCAGCUUCGGUGGUCAGCGUGUGGACCUGUGCGGGGCCCAAGCGGCCAGGGAGGACCUGGCCCAGUAUCAGCCCGUGGCCCUGGCCGUGUGAGGCGUUUAUCCUCCCACCCCGUGUUACUUGCUGUACCUGACGAGGCGCUGGCCCACGCCUGCUAGUCAAUCUACCCAGGCAAUCUAACCUCCUCCCUCCACGCCCCUCAUGGAUUAUACACGCCCGUAAUGGAAUACUAGCAUCUGUCAAGGACAACUUCGCGCCAGCUGUGGACGUCUACUUGGAGGCAAGACCCGCGCAAACUUAAGAAAUCAACAUUGGCCGUGAAGUUUACAUUUUGGUGGAACCAAAGUUGUGACGUAGUGUGGUGAGAAGAGUCCUUAGGAGGCUGGGUAUUGUUGGUGUGAAGUGCUAGUGACGGGAGGUGAUAAAGGAUGGAGUCCUGAAGAGUGAAGUGUUGGUGAAAUCCAUAAGCGCGGCGAAGUGUUGGAGGGUGUGCUGGUUAAGUGUUGGAGGAGGUGCCAGGGACAAUUUUAUGCGGUUCACCAUGACGGUGGCCGCGUGUGUGUGUGUAAUUGUGCGCACCCACACGCCCAUGUGAUAUUGUACAUAUAGUGUACAAAAUAGAAGAAUUUAUUUAUCGCUGGCUUUUUGCGUCAGUGUAUAUAUAUUAUAUAUAUAUAUAUUUUAUAUACUCAUGUUGAAAACUACAAAAAAAUAAAAGUACUAAAGGUUA